AUGUUGCGCAAGUGCGUGCCGACGAAACCGGUGCUCGUGGGAAAACGCGCGUCGACGCGCUUUUUUCGCGGCGCCGGCGAUACCGAGGGGUACGAGGACCGUUAUUUAGAGUGUUGCAUCGAGUGCGGGACGAGCGCGUCUGCGAAAUAUCUGUACAACAUGUUCUCCGGGCUCAGCGCGCGGAGCGACGAGGAUUUGGCGAUAUGGAUCGAGGGCGCGCGCGAAGACGAGUUGCCUGAGCGCGUGCUCGGCGCCGUGCGUCUGCGAAGGAUUUCGCCGAAGUGCUUGACGAAGUUGACAAAACUACCUUUAGUUAGAUGA